AACUAUUUCCCCACCACUGCCCUUCUCGAAAGCAGAGUUUGAGAUUUCCGGGGAGAAGUGCAGAAUUAUUAGAAGAUCUAAUUUUACUCCAAUGCAUGGCAAAUAAUAGAUAUGUCAUGAGCCUUCCGGUUCUGGCUCAGGCCUGAGAAUGCCCCACAAUGACACUGGAAGAUGAAUGUGGAGAAUAUCAGCCCACCUCCCUAUUUUCAGUCAAGCAGAAUCAGCCAGACCCUGUCCAAUGUUGACUGCCAAUACUAUUGUCCUGUAAAAAAUCUCUCUCUAAAGAACAUCAGUAGAGCAAAAUCAUUUAUAAUGUAUUCCGAUACAAAGAAAUGGACUGAUUUCUUCUUGUUGUUGUUUGUGAAGCCUCUGCCGCCUUGUCAUGACUCCGUGGAAUCCAUGCAGGUGUUCAAACAGCACUGUCAAAUAGCAGAAGAAUACAAUGAGGUCAAAAAGGAAAUCGCUCUGCUUGAGGAAAGGAAAAAGGAGCUCAUUGCCAAGCUGGAUCAGGCAGAAAAGGAGAAGGUGGACGCCGCUCAGCUGGCCCGGGAAUUCGAGGUACUGAUGGAGGAGAACCGGACAUUGAAGUUGGCUCAGUCCCAAUGUGUAGAACAGCUGGAAAAACUUAGAAUACAGUAUCAGAAGAGACAGGGCUCAUCCUAACUUGAAACUAUUCAAUGUGAGCAUAAAAGGUUGGUGACUGUUGUGUGCUGGCCAAAAGAUUUUCAUUUUAAAGGGAUAGUGUGUAAAACCUACUGUUUCUUUCUAUUACCCACGUGGCAAACAUCUGUAAUGAAUUUAAUGCUUGCCAGAUCAAGUUUGUGAGAAGGGAGAUUAUAUUUUAAAUAAGAUAAUUAAAGCAAGCCUAUUGGCAGUAUAUGUUUUCUGAGAUCAUAACUCACUUCCAAAGAUACAUUUUUUUCUUAUUUACAAAGAUGUGAUCAGAGUGUACAUCAGGGUAGAAAAAGAUGAAAAUAGAAUAUUAACUGACUCCGCUAACAAUUGUGAACAGAAUUAAGCCAGGAAAACAAACUAGUAAGAUGCUCACUGUAGUUUCAUACCUGUGUAUUUUUAAAUUUCAUGUCUCGAAUAUUUCAACUAUGCUCAAACCUGAAGUCAGAAACUUCUGCACACAUUUUUAUGUUCACCAGAGUUAGGUUUAAUCCCUCAAUGAUUGAUUGUACUGAGAAUAAAUGGUUGCAUAUCAUAAAAGAUUUCUCAUGAAAAUAUUAGCAGAAAGCAUGUUUGUGCCAAAAGCACACUGCCAGUGCUAACUUGCUGUUGUAAUAAAAAGUUGAUAAGGCUGCAUUUUUUUUCACGCCAUGUUACCUGACGGUAAACAUCUCUGCCUUUGCUUGUGUGUGUUCUGGGGCAUGCGGGAAAUGGAAAAGUAUUGUUUGGACGUUGCUUUGGUGAGUUCCCAUGAAAACAUGAGUAAAACUAUGACUAUGACUUUGUUUUGGAUUUGAAGAGAGGUUUUGGAUCAGUGAUAACUAAUAAGAAUAUAUGAGUAAUUUCAAGAAUAAAAUGAUUCGCCUCUUGUUCCACCUAUCACCAUAGUUCCCCAAAUGGAUCUCUUUGUUUUAUGUCCAUUUCUGUUCAUGUAACUUCUUUUUCAUUAAACAUGAAUCAAACUGUCAGUCUUUAUUUUGUCUCUUUCUUAACUUCCCUUAUGCUACCGUUAGUUGGGACUGGCUACCCUGAGUCGGAAUGUGUUCCUAGUCAUAUUUGUAUG